GGGGAGGGGCGUCGCGGCCGGGCGGAAGUGGCUCCGAAGGCCCGUCGGAGCGCCGUGCGUAGUGAAGCGACAGAAAGAGGAAGGAGGUGGACCGCUAAAAGCGAGAAUAUAACGGAGUUAAAGAAAAGAAAAGAGAGUGAAAUAACGGGGCGGGGGCAGAGUAAAACGGAUUGAACCCGAGGGGGAAAGCGCGGCUCGAGCGCCUCCGUUCCGUACGGGAACGCGCGCCCUGCCAGUGAGUUCUGUCCGCUGUCGUUUCGUUUGUUUUAAAUUCAGCUGGUUUACUCACCACCAUCGUUCCGUUCGUUUCUCGUCGUGCCCGGCGGCAGCGGAGCGGCCACAUAAUUUAUCGGCGGGAAUAUUAGGAACGGGCAGCGUCGUCUUCGCGAACAGCGAUCCGUACGUUUCCGCGCGCUCUCUGUGCUGCAGGUCGCGCGCCUGCACGCGCCCCACUUUUAUCAUGGCUCGAAGUGCGCGCUCGUGCUUCUGCUGAACUGAAGAGGCGAUUAUGAGCAUCGGACGGAGAAGCGAGAAGAAGGAGUGGAUAAAACGAAGAAAUAAUUAUAUCUGCGACCAUAUUAUUUAGUCACGAGCUAUUAGUAUUAUGGCAUCUGAGGAGGCUUCUCUGCGUGCUCUGGAGACCCUCAUGACCGAGUUCUUUCACUGCUGCACAACCAAUGAGCGCAAGAGGGAGAUUGAGGAGCUGCUCAAUAACUUUGCCCAGCAGAUCGGAGCCUGGCGCUACUGUCUCUACUUCCUGUCCAACACGCGCAACGAGUACGUCAUGAUGUACAGCCUGACCGUGUUCGAGAACCUGGUGAACAAGAUGUGGCUCGGCGUGCCGUCCCAAGACAAGAUGGACAUGCGCUCCUGCCUGCCCAAGCUGCUGCUGGCCCAGCAUAAGGCGCUGCCCUUCUUCAUCCGCAACAAGCUCUGCAAGGUGAUCGUGGACAUAGGGCGCCAGGACUGGCCCAUGUUUUACCACGACUUCUUCAGCAACACGCUGCAGCUGAUCCAGACCCCCGCCAUGGCCCCUCUGGGUCUUGUCCUUCUCAAGACCACAUCUGAAGAGCUGGCAUGUCCACGCGAGGACCUCAGUGUGGCGCGCAAGGACGAGCUGCGCAAACUGCUACUGGAGCAGGUUCCCACAGUGUUGAGCCUGCUUACAGACAUCCUGGAGUCCAUCUGGGACAAACACAGUGUUGGCGGAGCCACGCCCCCUCCUUCUCCGACACACGGGGACUGCGGGGAGCUCCUGGGCAGUCUCCUUGGAGGACCGCCGUCGUCCAAAGUUCUGUCGCAGCCCGUGCCGCAGCUUGACUCCGAGAGCCUGCAGCUCUGCUCGCUGGUGCUAGAGUGCCUGGCUCACCUAUUCAGCUGGAUCCCACUGUCGACAAGCAUCACGCCCUCACUGCUCGCCACGGUCUUCCACUUUGCCCGCUUCGGAUGUGACUUGCGCCCCUCCACUGUCGCUGGCGCCCACCCUAAGAGCAAAGGGUCCUUGACAUACUCGGCAUCGAAUGGAGACGGCGCUCACCCGGCAGCACAGCUGAAUGGUGGCUCGGCGCCGAACACUGACUCGGCGGACUGCGCACGGCUCGGCGUGUUGGCCAUGACGUGCGUCAAUGAGCUCAUGUCCAAGAACUGCGUGCCGCUGGACUUUGAGGAGUACCUCCUGCGCAUGUUCCAGCAGACCUUCUUUCUGCUGCAGAGGCUCACGCGGGACAACAAUGCGCAUACGGUGCGGAGCCGCCUAGAAGAGCUCGAUGAGAGCUAUGUGGAGAAAUUCACCGAUUUCCUGCGGCUCUUUGUGAGCAUCCAUUUGCGGAGGAUCGAGACCAAUGCUCAGUUCCCUGUGGUCGAGUUCCUAGAGCUGCUCUUUAAGUACACCUUCCACCAGCCCAGCCACGAAGGGUACUUCUGCUGUCUUGACAUCUGGACCAUCUUUCUCGACUAUCUCACCACCAAGAUCAAGAGCCGCCUGGCAGACAGAGAGAGUGUUCUGAACAGGUAUAAAGAUGCUUUGGUGCUGCUGCUGAGGGAGGUUCUCCACAGGAUCCAGUUCCGCUACAGCCAAGCCCAGCUGGAGGAGCUGGAUGACGAGGCUCUCGACGAUGACCAACAGACCGAGUGGCAGCGUUAUCUGCGCCAGAGCCUCGAGGUGGUGGCCAAGGUGAUGGAGCUGCUGCCCUCACAUGCUUUCUCCACCUUGUUCCCGGUGCUGCAGGAGAACCUGGACGUGUACCUGGGGCUGCAGCAGUUCAUUGUGACCUCAGGCGCAGUUCGCAGGCUGAACAUCACGGCGGAGAACGAUUGUCGUCGGCUGCACUGUGCCCUGCGUGACCUGAGCUCCUUGCUGCAGGCGGUCGGCCGACUCGCCGAGUACUUCAUCGGAGACGUGUUUGCGGCGCGCUUCAACGAUGCCCUCACAGUGGUGGAGCGGCUGGUGGAGGUCACUUGCUAUGGCUCCCAGGUCAGCCUGUACGAUGUGGAGACGGCCGUGCCAUCGGUGCUCAAACCCGAUCUCAUCGAUGUGCACGCCCAGUCCCUGGCUGCGCUGCAGGCAUACUGCCACUGGCUGGCACAGUUCUACAGCGAACUCCACAGGCAGAGCCAGACUCGUUUCGUCAACAUCGUCACAUCGGCCAUGGACGCAAGCGCGCCCCUCAUCGGUGCCAAGGUACCAGAGAAGCUGCUGCUCUCUGCAUGCCAUCUCAUGGUCUCCGUGGCGACGACCGUGAGGCCUGUGUUCUUGGUGACCGUUCCUGCUGUGCAGAACAUCUUCAACCUGGUGACAGACAGCAGUACCCGGCGGCUCCCUCCAGAGGCCCAGGUGCUUGUGUGCCGAGCUUUGUCCAGCAUGCUGCUCCUGCCCUGGCCCAACCUGCCUGAGAGUGAACAGCAGUGGAACACGCGCUCUGUCAACCAUUCCAGCCUACUGGCUGCACUCACACGCCACUACAGGCAGCUACGUGGCACCACCAACGUGCAGCAGCGCCGCAUGGACCCGGAGGACGGCCCUUUGCUCCCGGCAGUGAGAGCAGAGCUGCGGCAGACACUGAGAAUCCUACGGGACAUUGUGGACAGCGUCUCUGGGGAGUCCACGAAGUCCCGCCAGAUCUGCUAUCAGUCCCUGCAGGAGUCUGUGCAGGUGUCCCUCUCCCUGUUUCCCGUGUUUAUUCACCAGUCAGACGUGACAGAUGAGAUGCUCAGCUUCUUCCUCGCGCUCUUCCAAGGGUUGCGGGUCCAGAUGGGUGUCCCUUUCACCGAGCAAAUCAUCCAGACCUUCCUCAACAUGUUCACCAGGGAACAGCUGGCUGCCAGCAUCUUGCAGGAGGGCAGCGCAGGGAGUCGUGUUGUCGAGAAGUUCCUGAAGAUUCUGCAGGUGGUUGUGCAAGAACCGGGUCAAGCUUUCAAGCCCUUCCUGCCCAGCAUUAUCUCCCUGUGCAUGGAACAGGUGUACCCCAUUGUGGCGGAGCGUUCCUCCCCCGAUGUGAAAGCCGAGAUGUUUGAGCUGCUGUACCAGGUGUUGCACCACAACUGGAGGUUCUUCUUUAAGGCGUCCGUGCUGUCCAGCGUUCAGAGGGGUGGAGCUGAGGAACCCAUGGAGAAUGAGGCCCAAUUUGUCGCUGCCAUGCAGGCUUUCGGUCAGUCCUUCCUUGAGCCCGACAUCCAUGUUUUCAAGCAGAACCUCUUGUAUCUGGAGUCUCUCAACAGCAAACACAAGCUGUACCACAAGAAACUCUUCCGCAGCUCCAUGCUGUUCCAGUUCAUCAACGUGCUGCUGCAGGUGCUCGUCCACCGGAGUCACGAGCUGCUGCAGGACGAGAUUGCGCUCGCAGUCUACAACAUGGCCUCGGUGGACUUUGAUGCCUUCUACUCAGCCUUCCUGCCCGAGUUCCUUAACGGCUGCCAAGGCGUCGACGGCAACCAGCGCGGCGUCCUGGGCCGCAACUUCAAGAUGGAACGGGACCUGCCUUCCUUCACGCAGAGUGUCCACAGACUGGUGAAUGACCUGCGCUACUACAGGCUCUGUAAUGGCAGCUUGCCCCCAGGGACAGUGAAGCUCUAGUGUCCCCGCUCCUGGCACCCCUCCCCAUCACGGCAUACCACAGUCCUUCUGCAACUCCCCGCCAAUGUCGCUUUGCCGCGCAACUCAAACCCCAAGCACUUUGCGGAUCCCGCCACGGCUCCCCGAGGGCCUCGUUAGUCUCUCCGGGUUCCAGUUUGCCAGAUUCCACACCAGUUGUUGUCGCCUGUCACGAUGCAGCUGGACGCGACCCGCUGACCUCGUUGGUGUCGUCCCUCAACUCGCUUGUCGAGCGAGGACCCCCCAUGUGAGCAGCAUUGCAUUAUUUUCUUGCCUCACGUUGCUGUCCUCCAGAGGGAGUGGACUUCGGCCCCCUUCUUCCACGUCACUCUGCUUGCGUGCGAGGAAGUUCGGUCGAUGGGUGAAGUGCCGUUGGGACAAAAGUGAAGCGCAACAGCAGUUUGUUGGUUUGCUUCCCUGUUCAGCCUCUUGUUCACCAGGUUUCAGUUAUGAUUCAUGCUGGACUUGUGUGCUUUUAUUGUCUCAGUUUUUAGCGCCUUAUUUGUACAGUUUGCAUUUCUUAUGUUGUGGAUGUUUAUUAAACUUGAUUGUUUUGUUUUCAA